UUGCUAAGUGUUCAAUGAUUCAAAUUCGGCGUGAACGAGCUAAUAACUCGACGGAAUAAAACGCCACUGAAAGAAAAAAACUCUCAGAGAUGGCGGAGUGCGGAAACAACCGAGCGCUUCUGUAUUUAUUUCUUCUCUGGUUCAUAUAUCUUAUGGUUGGCAUGUUUAUAUUCAGAGCUGUUGAACGCGACGAUAAACCCGAGGCGGCCGAGCCUUUUGUAUAAUCUUCGCCUUGUUUGGUAUCCCGAUCAACAUAUUGUUCCUGCAGGUGGUUGGAGAACGAAUGCUACGCAGUGAGCGACUCCUCGUCACAAAAUUCGAAUCCCGUUGCCUUAAGAGAGAGAGCAAGCCAAGACACUUGAAUGAAAAGUGCGCUUUUCUGGGUUUGAUGUUGUUGAUAAUAAUUUUACUUGUGGGGGCGGCAACUGCGGUAAAGGUCCAGGAAUGGACUUUCUUUGAAGGUUUCUAUGCCUACUUCAUUACUUUUACAACAGUUGGAUUUGGCGAUUUGAUCCCAGGAGGUGGCCCGUCAAAACAUCCAGUCUGGAAUACAGUAAUUCGAAUCAUUUUCAUCAUCCUGGGUUUGGCAGCCAUGUCGAAUGUAAUCAACGGACUUGUUUCGGCACGGGAUUGUAAAGAGUGCAAAGAAUUUUUCAAGAAUUUAAAGGCUCGGUUGGGAAGAAAACAAAGAGGUAAAAAUCCUGAAACGAUGGAAAAGAUGGGAAUGGAGAUAAACGAACAAACCGAAAAGCCUUUUUAACUUUGAAGAACAAGAAGCGAUUUGUGCAUAUUGAAUAAUUAAGCUUAAGAUUUUUCAAGUUUAUCAUUUUCAAUCCUCUCCAUCCUCCGCCAUCCUUCUUCGUUCUUGUUUUAUUAUUGCCUCUUUCGUGUUUUUCUAUCUUACUAAACCAAUAUUUUAAAGUCUCAUUCAAGUUGAAAGUCUUUUUUGCACGUCAAACAAAUUGACUCAAGUUAUCGAUCUUGACGUAAGUCCUUCGGACCGAGGGAAUGACAUUAUUCCAUAACAGACCUAAAUUCAAAUUUAUCUCCGCCAUUAAAAAGUAUGAAUAAACA